CGACGGCGAAGGUGGGGAGGAGGACGCAGGCCACGUAACGCCGUUCAAGCAAAGCAGCAUGGGAGGGAGGGGCGGGAAGACGAGGGCGUGUGCUCGCAAUGGUCGUCGGGGGAAAAUAGCAGUGGGGAAGGGGAGUGAUGCCGAAGCUGACGCUGACACAGAAGGAGGUCGUCAGUUCUGGUCCGUGGACGACAUGAUAGCCCUCAUCCGGGCUAAACGUGACCAAGACGCGCAUCUGCAGGGGAUGGGUACCGCGUUCGCUCGUAUGAAGCUGCGAGAAUGGAAGUGGUUGGAUGUGGAGCAGAGGUUAAAGAAGGUGGGCGUCAACAGAGAAGCAGAACGGUGCGGGAAGAAGUGGGACAAUUUGAUGCAGCAGUUCAAGAAGGUGCAUCACUUCCAAGGCUUGUCCGGGAAACAGGACUUCUUCCAAUUCUCAAGGAAAGAGAGGUUGUCGAAGGGCUUCAAUUUCAACAUGGAUCGUGCGGUUUACGACGAGAUCCUGGGGUCGACCGCCAAGAGCCACACCAUAAACCCGAAGAACGUCGUCAACACUGGUGCUCCGGGUGGUGUACGUCUGCCGUCCGCCAGUUUUGUGGAUCAUGAAUCUGUGGGCGAUGGGGACGCUGCUGCAGGGCACGACGACGACGACGGGUCGACGAGAGGUUCUUCUCAGACGACGGGAAGCCCUACCAGUUUCGGCAAGAGGAAGAUCACGAGGAAACAAACUUUCAAAGCGCUGACGGAAUGCAUGGAGAAGCACGGGGCUCAGGUGGCGUCGACGAUGGAGAGCAACAUGGGUCUGUCGCGCGUCAUGUCGUCCCGCGGUUCUGGACGCGGCAAGUCCGCCGGGAAACUGGCAGUUGAGGCGGCUAUCCGGGAGAAAAAGCGCUGCCACGUCGCCAACAAGCUCAGGAAGGUCGUCGAAGGCAGCUCCUCACUUGCGAUAAACGUCGAGGAUGAAGACUGGGUGGCGGAGAGGGUGGCGUCGCAGGUGGAAACCGACUUCGAGGAAGAGGAGGAAGUCCCGUUGAAGCGGAAGUCGUCGAGGAGGGGAAGUGGAGCCCUCUGGAUCGAGGACAUUGGCGAAAGACGAGGCGGAGGAGGCCGCGCAGUAAUGGAAGACGUCAUCGACGUCAACGCCGCUGUGGCAUCCAGGCAAGGUGUGGGAACUGCCGUCACACACCAGCAUCGCGCGCCAGUGCCACGUGUGAACGAAGGCCCGAUCGCGCAAGAGGUUGUCGUCCGUGCACGAACACCAGGAACCCUGUGGGUGACGACGGGCACAGACAUUGGUGUGAACGCGCAAGUCGUCGGUCAGGGGAAAAACAACCGCUCUCCUGCGCAGGAGCUGCGAGGGGCCGCAUCAGGGGGGGCUGCGCACGCGGGGGAAGGGGCGAGGGCAGGCGGGGCCGCAGCGGGCGGGGCUUCUCACGCAGGGGAAGGGGCAAGGGCAGGCGGGGCCGCAACGGCGAGGGCUUCACACGCGGCCGAAGGAACGAGGGCGGGCGGGGUGAAGCCAAGGGGGGGGCACAGGUGGUGGAAGGGGCGAGGGCAGGGGAUGUCGCAGGAGCGGGGGAGGACGACGAAGCGCUGAUGAACAGGGUGCGUCAGCGGAGUGCGCGGUGUCGCACUUUUUCCAGUCAGGCCACUUCGGGCAACCGGAAAGCCAACAGGCUGUCACGCAGGAUUUUGUAUGUGAUUGCAAUAAAUAAAAUAAAUUAGA